AUGCCGCCGAGGAGAACCAGAGCAGCCAAAAAGGCCGACGAGCAUCAAGAUGCCGCCGAAGCCGCUACGACCGCAGAGCCGUCAGCAUCAACUUCAUCAGCGUCGCGGACAGUAGAAGCCGAGAAUGUCGCAGCCAUCGCACCCGAAUCAACACCAUCCAAGGCCAAAGCAAAAGGAAAGUCGAGAGCGGCAAGGCAUCAGCCGUUGCUAGCAGAGGGACCGACUCCCGUACCCGCUGCUCCGACUGGUGAUGCCGACGCGGACGACGACGACGCCACCACCUCAGAAGCAGUCGCUCAACCGGAUCCCGAAGCCACUUCCACUGCAGCGAAACCAACAAUGGAGGAUCGGCACGCACGGCUCUCCGCCCUGCGCGCCAAGAUGUCCGCCUCUUCCCGUGCCAAUCGUCGGGACAUCCUUUCCGAACAAUCGCGCGCACGAUCCAUCGCCUCGGACCUCUCAUCCUCCUCCACCUCAUCACGCAAACUUCUCAAAGCCGAGAAACUCCUUCAAGAGCGAGACCUUCGCGAAAGCGGGACCGACGUAGAAAGGCAUCGCAACCUGCACUAUUCCCUGGAAGACAGUGAAACGUGGGAUUCGAAGCUGGAAGCGAAAGAGAGGAGGAAAGAUUCGGGACCGGGGGAUUUUGGAGAUGCUGCAAAACGCGCCUACCAACGACAACUGAAGACGAUCAAACCCGACCUUGCCGCCUACAAGAAGCAAACCCAACAAGCCGGUUCAUCGCACCUCGCAACCCCCGCCUCGCUCUCCCUCACCCGACCCGACACCAGAGCGCACGACGAGCUGCACUACGGCACCCACCAACCCAACGACGACGCCGUGGAUCGUGUCAUCACCCACCUCAACGCGGAAAAGCAGAAGAUCAAGAACCGCUCACGACGCAGAAACGACGACGGCGAAGAAGUGAAUUAUAUCAACGACUCGAACCGUCACUUUAACAAGAAGUUGAAGCGGUUCUAUGAUAAGCAGACGCAGGAGAUCAGGGAGAAUCUGGAGAGGGGCACGGCGCUUUGA